AUGAAAUCGUAUGGAUAUGAAAAACAUCGGUUUGUUGGUCUGACUGAACCAGAAUCUCAAGAGUUUACGUGCGGAAUAUGUUUGGGAAUAUUCUGUGAGCCGACAGUAGUUCCCUGUUGUCGACAAACCUAUUGUUACGGUUGUAUUAGUGAAUGGCUUAGUAAUAAAAACUCGUGUCCUAAUGAUCGACAGGGAUUAACGGCAUCGCAAUUAUAUUAUCCGCAAAGAUUAGUCAUUAAUCUGUUGGCAAAACUGAAAAUUCAUUGCAAUUUUCAAAGCAAUGGCUGUCAGACUGUACUUGACCUGGAAAUUCUGGCCUCACAUGCGGACAGUUGUCCGUAUAAUCCCUACCGACGGUGCAGUGUAUGUGAUGUCCUAAUUGUUAAAUACAUAGACGAAAGUCAACAGUUUAAUAGCUUAACAUUACAAUCGUCUGAAUUAUCCCAUAAUUGUAUCAAUAGUUUGAAAAACUUAAAUAAAAGUCUUGAAAAUGAAAUAUCGGAAUUGAAAUGUGAAAUAUCGAAACUCAAGAAUCACAUCAAGAAGUUAGAGGAAAGGCAUGUAUUAAGUGUUGUCGGCGACACUCAAACCACUCAGUCACUCUUAUACAUUGUAAUAGCGAUGGAGAGCGUUGGCCAACAGUUAGAGUACAGUAAUCAUUGUCACAACACAUCUACACUACACUAA